AUGCCACUCUUUUUUUUAUUCAAACUUGAGAACACCUUGAACUAUGGACUUGAAAGGGUUUGGGUUGUUGGAUACAUGAAAGGUUCAUGUUGGAUUGUUAUUGGCUAUGAUGAAGGAACCAUAAUGGUGAAAAUUGGACGUGAAGAGCCUGUAGCCAGCAUGGACAAUAGUGGAAAAAUUAUAUGGGCUAAACAUAAUGAAAUUCAAACUAUUAACAUCAAGAGUGUGGGAGCUGAUCAUGAGGUUUCUGAUGGAGAGAGGCUGCCUUUAGCAGUUAAAGAACUGGGAACAUGUGAUCUUUAUCCACAAAGCUUGAAGCACAACCCAAAUAGGAGAAAGUAUCACCCGGAAAACGAUGGGCCAAAGGUUUCGUUUUUUAGUGAUGAUGAAGAGACUACCAGCACACCAAAAGCAGAUGCUCUUUUUAUUCCAAGGGAGAAUCCAAGAGCUCUGGUUAUUCGCCCUCUUAAACAAUGGCCUGGCAAAUCAUCUGCUGAAAAAUUAAAAAACGCAUCUUCUCCAGCACAAACAAACGUCGCUAAUCAACCCGUAUCAGUUGCCAUUGAUGCAAGUGGCAUGGGUUUCCAGUUCUAUUCAGGUGGCGUGUUUACUGGGGAUUUUGGAACUGAUCUUGACCAUGGUGUUACAAGCUUGUUGAAUCAAAUGGAGUUAUAUGUGGUUGUGUAUAUACUUGCAAUCUUAGGCUUGGAUAGUCUACAAGGAAUCAUGCUGGAUCAAGGCAGCUGUAUUGAUACCUGUUGUACUUUUUGCAGGAAGGUGUGGAUUGCAUAUAAGGAAUCAAGGUAUGAAAAGCUGCAACGGUGGGAUGAUGCCCUUAAAGCAUACACUGCAAAAUCAGAUCAAGCAACAAGUCAACGUCUUAUCUUGGAUGCCACACUAGGUAAUUCAUAUUGUAGUGUAUUUAUUCCAAAUCCCAAAUUCUUUGGAUGGAGAAAAGGGUCACAAGAAUUAUCGGAGCAGGGGUUCAAUAUUAGUCUUAAAGAAGUAUGA